AUGUCUUUGUUGCCGACGACGAAAUUCGCGGCCGACGUGGGCCAAUCCUCGAGCAGCCUGUCGACGCAAGGCCACUACCAGGACGUGUGCGUGCCGCCAGCCGAUGUGGCGCCGCUGCCGGAGCCCGCGCGCAAGAUAUCGCUCACCCAGCUGCCCUACAUCAAGCACGCUCGCGAACGGGACGAACGCUGCGGCUGGUGCUGGUUCCGGCCGGAUUUCCUGCUCAAGCUUCGACAUCCCCGGUACGUGCUGCUGGCCCUGUGCUGCAUGGUGUUCCUGCAGGGGUUCGUGGCGAACGGGCUGGUGUACAUGGUGCUGCCCACCCUGGAGCGGCGCUUCGAGCUCAAGAGCCUCGAGGCCGGCACCAUCGUGGCCAUGUACCACCUGGCUUCGUGCAUCUCGGCGCCGCUCGUCACGCUGGUCGCGGCGCGGCGCAGCAAGCCUUUCUACCUGGCCAUGUCGGCCGUCGUCAUCGGCAUCGGCACCAUGGUCAUCGUUCUGCCGCACUUUAUGACGCCCCACUACAUGGAAGAGGAGCAUGAACGCGUGAGCCUGUGCCCGAGCAAAGGAGAAGAGAGCUCGCUGUGCGGCACGCCAGCCGGUGACUUGCGCCGCUUCCGGUUCAUCUUCUGGGCGGGACACUUCAUCGUUGGGGCCGGUUCGUCGCCCAUGUACACGCUGGCGCUGAUUUACCUCGACGAGAACGUGCCUACCACCCUGUCCACCAAGUACAUAGCGACUUACCAGGCAACGUCCCUCCUCGGAACGGCCUCCGGCUUUGUACUAUCGGGAUACAUGCUCAACAUCUACACCGAGGUCUCGUACGACUCUUCGAGGCUGGGCCUGACGCCUCAGAGCAACGUCUGGAUCGGCGCAUGGUGGCUCGGUUAUCUGAUUGGCUCCAUUUCGUCCAUCAUCGUGGCUUUUCCCACAAGCCUCCUGCCCAAGGAGCUGCCAAGUCAGAUAUGGGCGAAAUUGGAGAAGAAAUGCGGCGCCGCCGGUAAGAAAGGCAAGAAGCCCAAGGAAGCUUUUGGCGGCUUCAAGGACAUCCCCGGCCACGUCAAUGCCUUGCUUCACAACGCGACGUACAUGUUUCUGUGCCUGGCCGGCACAGCAGAGACCAUGAUAAUGACCGGCCUGGCGACCUUCAUGACGAAGCUCUUCGAGUCCCAGCUGGGCAUAAGCUCCUCCAGCAUAGCCCCGAUACUGGAAGUUCACAUUACGUUGCUGUACGCGAAGCUGCUGCUGUGCUUGUGCGUUGCUGCAGGCAGCGUGGCAGUUCCGGGUGCGUGCGGCGGCAUCCUUCUGGGCGGCUACUGCGUGCACAAGCUGAACCUGGACAUAGACGGCAUCGUGCGCAUGUGCCUCAUGUGCUCCGUGGUUCCCUGGCUAAGCAGCUUCGUGCUGCUCUACAGCUGCCCAGCCCCGACCUUCUUCGGCAUGAACCACACGUCGAGCCGGUUCUACGUGUCCAACGUGUCCAACCAGUUCGACCAGCCCUGCAACGCCCACUGCAACUGCCCCAUCGAGAACUACGACCCGGUGUGCGGCAAGGACUUGGUCACCUACUACUCGCCCUGCUUUGCCGGCUGCAAGCGGGACUACAUCUACGAAAACAUCAAGGUGUACACGGACUGCCAGUGCAUCUCGCACCCAGGCGUGGAGACGAUGGUGCUGUGGGGACUGCCGCAGAAGGUGCAGGCGGACCGGAAGAAGUGCGUGCGCGAGUGCAACGCCCUGUUCGUCUACAUGACCGGCAUAUUCCUCUACAUUUUCUUCACCUUCCUGCUCUACACGCCGGGCGUAGCGGCUACGAUACGGUGAGCGAUCCGGCACAUGCGCCGGUUAUAUUGAGGCUCACGUCGUCUCCUUGCUUUCUUGCAGGUGCGUCGAGGAACACUUGAAGGCCCUCUCACUGG